AUGGACCUCAAAACCGGUCGGGAAUUCGACGUUCCCAUCGGAGCCGUGGUCAAGCUUUGUGACUCUGGGCAGAUCCAGGUGGUGGACGAUGAAGGCAAUGAACAUUGGAUUUUCCCUCACAAUGCCAGCCACAUCAAACCCAUGCACCCGACCUCUAUCCACGGGGUGGAGGACAUGAUCCGCCUGGGGGACCUGAAUGAAGCUGGGAUUCUGCGGAACCUGCUCAUCCGUUACCGAGAGCACCUUAUCUAUACUAACUGUGGUGGGAGGACGUAUACAGGUUCGAUAUUGGUGGCAGUGAACCCCUACCAGCUGUUACCUAUCUACUCCCCAGAGCAGAUACGGCUGUACACCAACAAAAAAAUUGGGGAGAUGCCCCCCCACAUCUUCGCAAUAGCUGACAAUUGCUACUACAACAUGCAACGCAACAACAGGGACCAGUGUUGCAUCAUAAGUGGCGAGUCUGGUGCAGGGAAGACGGAGAGCACUAAACUGAUCCUGCAGUUCCUGGCUGCUAUCAGCGGGCAGCAUUCCUGGAUUGAGCAGCAGGUGCUGGAGGCAAACCCCAUUUUAGAAGCUUUUGGAAACGCGAAGACAAUUCGUAAUGACAACUCCAGCCGAUUUGGUAAAUACAUCGACAUCCAUUUCAACAAGAGGGGAGCCAUCGAAGGGGCAAAGAUUGAGCAGUACCUGCUGGAGAAAUCUCGAGUCUGCAGACAGGCCCAGGAUGAGCGGAAUUACCAUGUAUUUUACUGUAUGCUGAAAGGAAUGACACCAGAACAGAAAAAGAAGCUGGGUCUUGGGAAAGCCACUGAUUAUAACUACCUCGCUAUGGGUAACUGCACUAUCUGUGAUGGCAGAGACGACAGUAAGGAGUAUGCAAACAUUCGCUCUGCAAUGAAAGUCCUGAUGUUCACCGACACUGAGAACUGGGAGAUCUCAAAGCUUCUGGCAGCCAUAUUGCAUAUGGGGAAUUUGCGGUAUGAAGCACGGAUGUACGAUAACCUGGAUGCCUGCGAGGUUGUUCGCUCUGCGUCGUUAAUCACUGCGGCUUCGUUACUGGAGGUGGACCCUCAGGAUGUGAUGAACUGCCUUACUAGCCGCACAAUAAUCACGAGAGGAGAGACCGUCUCCACCCCGCUCAGCAUGGAGCAGGCGCUGGAUGUGAGGGACGCUUUUGUCAAGGGAAUCUACGGGCGGCUUUUCGUGUGGAUUGUGGAGAAGAUCAAUGCUGCCAUUUACAGGCCUCCCUCCCAUGAACUACAGAGUGUCAGGAGGUCCAUUGGUCUUCUCGAUAUCUUCGGCUUUGAGAACUUCACUGUGAACAGUUUCGAGCAGCUCUGCAUCAACUUUGCAAAUGAGAACCUGCAGCAGUUCUUCGUGCGCCAUGUCUUCAAGCUGGAGCAGGAGGAGUACAACCUGGAGAACAUUAACUGGCAGCACAUAGAGUUCACCGACAACCAGGAUGCCUUGGACAUGAUCGCCAUCAAACCCAUGAACAUCAUAUCACUCAUUGACGAGGAGAGUAAGUUCCCCAAGGGUACAGAUACCACAAUGCUGCACAAGCUGAAUUCCCAGCACAAGCUAAACACCAACUACAUCCCACCGAAGAAUAACCAUGAAACCCAGUUUGGCAUUAACCACUUUGCUGGUGUUGUCUACUAUGAAACCAAAGGGUUUUUGGAGAAAAACAGGGACACGCUUCAUGGAGACAUCAUUCAGCUGGUCCAUUCCUCGAAAAACAAAUUUAUCAAGCAAAUCUUCCAAGCGGACGUGGCUAUGGGAGCAGAGACAAGGAAGCGCUCACCGACACUUAGCAGCCAGUUCAAGCGAUCUCUUGAGCUGUUGAUGAGAACCCUCAGCGGGUGCCAGCCCUUCUUCGUCCGCUGCAUCAAACCUAAUGAAUAUAAGAAGCCCAUGUUGUUUGAUCGGGAGCUGUGUGUUCGCCAGCUGAGGUACUCAGGGAUGAUGGAGACCAUCCGGAUCCGCAGGGCUGGCUAUCCCAUCCGCUACAGCUUCGUGGAGUUUGUGGACAGGUAUCGUGUCCUCAUGCCCGGGGUGAAGCCGGCGUACAAGCAGGGUGACCUGCGUGGAACGUGCCAGCGAAUUGCUGAAGCGGUGCUGGGGAAAGAUGAUGAUUGGCAGAUUGGCAAGACGAAGAUUUUCCUGAAGGAUCACCAUGAUAUGCUGCUGGAGAUUGAGAGGGACAAGGCCAUCACAGACAAGGUCAUCCUCAUCCAGAAGGUGGUUCGUGGGUUUAAAGACAGGUCCAAUUUCCUGAAAGUGCGACAUUCGGCCCUGAUGAUUCAGAGAUACUGGCGGGGACAUAACUGCAGAAAGAACUAUGGUGCUAUGAGGAUUGGGUUCCUGAGGCUCCAGGCCCUCUACCGUUCCCGCAAACUCCACACGCAGUACCACAUGGCUCGCAGACGGAUCAUCGAGUUCCAGGCAAGGUGUCGGGGCUGCCUGGUGCGCAGGGCCUUCCGCCAUCGCCUUUGGGCUGUCUUCACGGUCCAGGCUUAUGCCAGGGGCAUGAUUGCACGGAGGCUGUAUAAACGCCUUAAGGGAGAAUAUCACCGCCGCCUGGAAGCAGAGAAGCUUCGUCUGGCAGAAGAGGAACGGCUCCGGAAGGAGAUGAGUGCCAAGAAAGCCAAAGAGGAAGCAGAAAAGAAGCACCAAGUACGCCUUGCCCAGCUGGCCCGGGAAGAUGCUGAGAGAGAGGUGAAGGAGAAGGAGGAAGCCCGUCGGAAGAAGGAACUCUUGGACAAAAUGGAGAAGGCCCGAAACGAGCCAGUGAACGACUCAGAUAUGGUGGACAAAAUGUUUGGAUUCCUAGGGACCACUUCGUCUCUGCCAGGCCAGGAAGGACAGGCACCCAAUGGCUUUGAGGACCUUGAGCGAGCCCAAAAGGAGCUAGAGGAAGAGGAUUUAGACGCAGCUUUGCCCCUCCCCGAGGAAGAGGAGGAAGACCUUUCGGAGUACAAAUUUGCAAAGUUUGCAGCCACCUACUUCCAGGGCACGACGACACACACGUACAUCCGCCGGCCACUUAAGCAGCCCCUUCUGUACCACGAGGAUGAAGGAGACCAGUUGGCAGCACUCGCGGUGUGGAUCACUAUCCUUCGUUUCAUGGGAGACCUUCCUGAGCCUAAAUACCAUACGGCUAUGAGCGACGGCAGCGAGAAGAUUCCAGUGAUGACCAAAAUCUAUGAGACUCUAGGGAAAAAGACCUACAAAAAAGAGCUGCAGGCUCUGCAAGGGGAAGGAGAGAGCGCUCACAUAGACGGCCACAAGAAGAACAGUGUGCGGCACAAACUGGUCUCCUUGACUCUAAAGAAGAAAUCCAAACUGACUGAAGAGGUGACAAAAAGACUCCAUGAUGGUGAGUCCACCCUCCAAGGCAACAGCAUGCUUGAAGACCGACCCACCUCCAACUUGGAAAAGCUGCAUUUCAUUAUUGGCAACGGCAUCCUCAGACCAGCAUUAAGGGAUGAAAUCUAUUGUCAAAUCUGCAAACAGCUCACCCAGAACCCUUCCAAAAGCAGCCACGCCAGAGGCUGGAUCCUGAUGUCGUUGUGCGUGGGAUGCUUUGCUCCUUCCGAAAAGUUUGUGAAGUAUUUAAGGAACUUCAUCAAUGGAGGUCCCCCUGGUUACGCUCCCUAUUGUGAAGAGAGAUUGAGGAGGACAUUUGCAAAUGGGACUAGGACCCAGCCACCCAGCUGGUUAGAAUUACAGGCGACCAAGUCCAAGAAACCUAUCAUGCUGCCUGUUACGUUUAUGGAUGGGACAACGAAGACGCUGCUAACUGACUCUGCAACAACCGCUAAAGAGCUCUGUAAUUCCUUAGCUGACAAGAUCAGCCUGAAAGACCGAUUUGGGUUUUCGCUUUACAUCGCACUGUUUGACAAGGUCUCAUCCUUGGGGAGCGGCAACGACCACGUGAUGGACGCGGUGUCUCAGUGCGAACAGUACGCCAAAGAGCAGGGAGCCCAGGAGCGCAACGCGCCGUGGCGGCUCUUCUUCAGGAAGGAGAUCUUCACCCCGUGGCACAACCCGAGCGAAGACAACGUGGCAACAAACCUCAUUUACCAGCAGAUAGUCCGGGGGGUGAAGUUUGGGGAGUACCGAUGUGACAAGGAAGAAGACUUGGCAGAACUGGCUUCCCAGCAGUACUACGUAGACUAUGGCGCGGCGAUGGUGCUGGAGCGACUCCUGAACUUAAUCCCCUCCUACAUCCCUGACAGAGAGAUCACUGCUUCGAAAACAGUGGAGAAAUGGGCUCAGCUCAUUAUAGCCGCACAUAAAAAGGGAAUUUAUACCCAGAAGAGAGCAGACCCCAAAAAAGUCAAGGAAGAAGUGGUAGAUUUUGCACGUUUCAAGUGGCCUUUGCUGUUUUCUAGAUUCUAUGAAGCCUUCAAAUUCUCAGGACCCAGCCUGCCCAAGAACGAUGUGAUUGUAGCUGUGAAUUGGACCGGAGUGUACUUUGUGGAUGAACAAGAACAAGUCCUCUUAGAACUCUCCUUCCCAGAGAUCACGGCUGUCUCAAGCAGUAGAGGGGGAAAGCUCCAAGGGCAAAGUUUCACCUUGGCCACCAUUAAAGGGGACGAGUACACCUUCACCUCCAACAAUGCAGAGGACAUCCGGGACCUUGUCGUCACCUUCCUAGAAGGACUAAGGAAGAGAUCAAAGUAUGUUGUCACUCUCCAAGACAACCCAAACCCUGUGGGAGAAGAAUCUGGAUUCCUCAGCUUCCAUAAAGGAGACCUGAUUGUUAUGGACCAGGACACUGGAGAGCAUGUCAUGAACUCAGGCUGGGCCAAUGGGGUCAAUGAGAGGACCAAACAGAGAGGAGAUUUCCCAACGGACUGUGUUUACGUCUUGCCGACUGUCACCAUGCCGCCUCUGGAGAUUGUGGCGUUAGUCACAAUGACCCCUGACCAGAGGCAAGAUGUUAUUAGAACAUCCCAGAUGGCGAUUUCGGACAGUGAAGAAAGAGUGAAGCCGUAUACCUUGGAAGAGUUCUCCUAUGAUUAUUUUAGGCCGCCUCCGAAGCACACUCUGAGCCGGGUCAUGAUCACCAAAAAUCGAGGGAAAGACAAACUGUGGUGCUACACCCGAGAGCCCAUCAAGCAGCCCUUGCUGAAGAAGAUCCUGGGCAGUGAAGAGCUGUCCCAGGAAGCCUGCAUGGCAUUCAUUGCUGUGCUGAAGUAUAUGGGUGACUAUCCAUCCAAAAGAACCCGCUCAGUCAACGAGCUAACAGACCAAAUAUUUGAAGGUGCCUUGAAAGCUGAACCGUUGAAAGAUGAAAUCUACUGUCAGAUCCUCAAGCAGCUCACUGACAACCACAUUAAGUACAGUGAAGAGAAGGGUUGGGAGCUGCUUUGGUUGUGCACAGGCCUUUUCCCUCCCAGCAACGUUCUCCUGCCCCAUGUCCAGAGGUUUCUCCAGUCCCGGAAGCAUCACCCCCUAGCCACAGACUGCAUACAGAGACUACAGAAAGCUCUGAGGAAUGGAUCCAGGAAGUAUCCUCCCCAUCUGGUUGAAGUGGAGGCAAUUCAACACAAAACCACCCAAAUUUUCCACAAAGUUUACUUCCCCGAUGACACUGAUGAGGCGUUUGAAGUGGAGUCCAGCACUAAAGCCAAGGAUUUCUGCCAGAACAUCUCCAGCAGACUGCUGCUGAAGUCAUCGGAGGGCUUCAGCCUCUUCGUCAAAAUCUCCGACAAGGUUAUCAGCGUCCCAGAAGGAGAUUUCUUCUUUGACUUUGUCAGACAUCUUACAGACUGGAUAAAGAAAGCAAGACCUGCAAAAGACGGUAUAGUGCCUUCUCUCACAUAUCAAGUGUUCUUCAUGAAAAAACUGUGGACAAACACCAUGCCUGGGAAGGAUUCGAUGGCAGACUCCAUCUUCCACUAUUAUCAGGAAUUACCAAAGUACCUGCGUGGCUACCACAAGUGUACCCGGGAAGAGGUCUUACAGCUGGCAGCUCUGAUCUACAGGGUGAAGUUUGAGGAUGACAAGUCCUACUUCCCCAGCAUCCCCAAGCUCCUGAAGGAGCUGGUGCCUCAGGAUCUUCUCCGGCAGCUCUCUCCGGACGACUGGAAAAGGUCCAUUGUGGCGUAUUUCAAUAAGCAUGCAGGCAAAACAAGAGAAGAAGCCAAGCUUGCCUUCCUAAAGAUUGUCUUCAAGUGGCCUACAUUUGGAUCAGCCUUCUUUGAAGUGAAGCAAACUACCGAGCCAAAUUACCCAGAGAUCCUUUUAAUUGCCAUCAACAAGCAUGGAGUCAGCCUCAUAGAUCCCAAAACCAAGGAUAUUCUCACGACUCAUCCGUUCACCAAGAUCUCCAACUGGAGCAGCGGCAACACGUACUUUCACAUAACCAUUGGCAACCUGGUGCGGGGAAGCAAACUGCUCUGUGAAACGUCGCUGGGCUACAAGAUGGAUGACCUCUUGACCUCGUACAUCAGUCAGAUGUUAACAGCCAUGAGCAAACAGAGGAGCGCAAAGGGCAGCAGUAAGUGAACUGAAAGAAGCCACUGGCAGGUGGCCAUGGAGCUAAUUCACCAGCUGAGGCCUGUGGGAUACCCCUGCAGCUGGGGCAGAACCUUUUCUGCCCAGAUGUGGAAGAUGAUCCGGACCCCUUCAGAAAGCUCAUCCGACUCUGAUCUUGAGGGCUCGAGUCCCAUUUCCCCUUCCAGCGAGGAUGACUAUCUGUGAUGCUGACCUCCAAUUCCCCCCUCCUCCCUAGUAAGCCCUGUUUUAAACUUAUAAGCUUUCUAAGUGACAGACAGUGACUGAUCAACAGAAACGCCAGCGGAAUGUUUACUAUCAAACCAAAUGACUGAAGUUUGCAGAGGAUUGUAGGAAAAAGUUGUGAGUGUCGUUUUUAAAAAGGGGAAGGUGGUCAGGGUGCCAUUAAGGGCUUUGGAGAAGUUCUGGGCAUCUGAGAUUUGCUGAUCAGUAACCUAACCCUGCUCCAUUGUAGAGAAAAAUCCCAUCCACUCUCCUGGGGGGUAUCUUGACAUUACAACAGAACAAAAAGAAAUCCAUUUGUUCUAAAAAAAAAAAAAAAAAAAAAAGCCGAGGGAAAAAGUGCAUUUAAAAUAGUGGUUGGUUUGUUUCUUCUUAAUCCUAAUUGAACAGCCUGUACCAUGGCAAAGCGAUGACGGGAGACGGGCACACAAUGAUGGACAUAUUUAAAGGUUUCAUUUCUAAUCCUUGUAUUUAUUUAUUUUUUAAAGAGAAUGACGGCUUCUGGGAGGCUGACUCUGGGGAGGGCCCCACACAGCUCCAAAGGCUUCACCCAAUAGAACCGCUCACACACCCAACACUCCAUGGUCAAAAGGAUGAGACUGCGGGUUCAUAGGUCAAACUGUUCUAAUUAGGGGUGGCCUACAGUUCAGCAUCAAAUCCCUAUUCAGCAGCAUGGAAACGAGGCUGCUAAAGACAGCUGACCCCGCCCCCUCCACCCGAGAAUGCACCUGGCAGGAUGAGGCUCUUAGCUGGAAGCCUGAAUGUGGCUUUAGGCCCUGAGAGGUGGAAAAUGUUGGCCAGGCCCUUCUGUGCUGUGUGAAACGCUGCAGUUUGAAUGUGUGCCACAGUCGCCUUUCUCUGAAAGUCCAGCCUGGUGCAGCAGGCUUUUGCCCUCUGGGCAUCAUUAAGCAUAGCUCAAAUGUAUUUGUUCCACAGCUACUUUGUAACAAUAGCAGGACAGCCAGAGGGAAAGCAGAGCCAGUGUGUAAGAAAAAUAGACCAUGGCUGCAGCCAAACCUCCCAUCAUCCUCUGCACCUCCACUGCUGUCUGCUCGGCUGUAACACGUCUGUGUUCUGUGUCAUGCUGCUGCCUGUUAUGUACCCUCUGCGUUUUCCGGUUUGCUUCAGGUGGGACGCUCUGAUGGGGGUGGGAAGCUUCCAAAUUCUGGGACCGUCUCCAAUUUCUGCACUAGGCUAACCUAAAACUUUGGCCCCGGCCAGCCCCCUCGGAACUGACCUUUGUGGCUCGGCCCCCUCUCUGAUUUUUAAAUUUAGCUCUGUCCCAUUGUGGCAAAGGAAGAUUGAAUAAUUGGACCUGGCUAUAAACAUAGGCCUAGUUCCUGAUGCAAAGUUAAUUCAGUGGGGGCUAGCAGGAGAACGCUACUGAAAAGCAGAGACACUUGGGAGGAUGCCAGCCCCUGUGUUCAGUGCCUAGCCCCUGAGAUCACAGGCUAUGCCCACCUCUGCCUGACAGAUGAUCCCAGCAUUCGCUCUCGACUGCGUCUCUUAGCACCAUUGCGUUUCAGCUGAGAGUAAGACAGUCACCGUGUGUUUUUAGGAGGCCUUAAGCUGCUGUGUAUAUGACCACAGCUAAACCACCCAGGGUCACUGUACUGGGUUCUAGCACAUACAUAGCACCAAGGGCCAGGCCACUGCUCAACAUGGUGGCUUGGCCCAAAAUUCUGCCCUGAACUCUGAGUCAAAGAGGGCGUCUCCUGCAUCAGUGACCGGAACAGUUAGUGGGGUAACUGAUCUUUUCUGCCUGUAGCUUCCACGGUUCAAUCGAACAGAUCAUUUGUGUGGGAGCCUUUCCAUCAACUUCAAUGGGCUUUGUAUCAUGCCCUUGGUUAGCAAACCAAAUCUGCCACCUGUCAGUCAGCUCCGCCACCAGGCACAGCAUCGACAAGCCCAGGCACGCAGCUCUGAAAGGACAGUAGCCCAACCUCGGGUGUCAUGGCAUCAAACAGGAGUUGUGCGUGGCUGACUAAAGGGAGGACGUGGCUGAUGCUGUGAAUGAAAUUUAAAGUCAUGUUGUAUGGUUGGUUCCCAGCAACCAGUGCUUGAAAGGCAUGAUCUCAAAGGAGUGUGACAGCAGCUGGGACUAUAAGACGCGGCUGAGGUUGAGUUUUGAUUCUGGUGCCACUAACACUGGGUAGAUCUCAGCAGAAAUGUGCUUAGUUGGCUCAGUACUUUUGAUUCGCCUCAUACUAGCCCAGUCCAGAACAAUCGGUGUUGCAUUCUCACGCCGCUCGUCCCAACGCUCAACUGUUUUCCCCUGACCUUUCCCUCUUCCCCACUGCUCUCUGCCUCACUCAGCACUCUGGAGCACGGGUAAGACAUUUGCACUGUCUUACUGUCCAUAACUGGACUUCGCAGAGGACCAGGUUCCACACACAGUGGUGCACAAAUUAACUUCAUUGUUAUCUCCUGCAUGAGCCGCCCAGGAGCAUCUGUGUGUAAAAUAGUGACACUGGGCCCUGUCGUUCCACUGUUCCUGCGUUUGACGUGCACGAGGGGCUACACAUAGACAUCUGAAGGCAGAGGAUGCAACUUUGGCCUGGUUCUGAACCACUUUCCACCCAUGUAAAUGAGGGACGACUCCAGUGAUGUCAAUGGCGUUGCACUGGAGUACAACCAAUAUGGGGGUCAGAACUCGGCCUGCUGGGUCACCAAAAUCAAUCUGUCGUGGCCCUUUUCAGCUACACCCCCGGUGGCAAUGGUUCGUAUUUCACCCGUGACCCUACUGCUACCUGCUACAUUCUUGUGAGCCCACUGCUAUUUUGCCCUUCCCGUCGCCUGGCUCUGCGGGCCACAGUAGGCCCCAGCCGUUCAUUACUCUUGCUCGGUUUGUACUCCGUAAAAGACGAUCACUGUUUUCAACGCUAUCACAGUUGUGCCACCUCUACUCAGUCUACGCGGUGUGGGUCAUGUGAGCAGCAGCCUGGCGCACACCCUAUACAUGCAGCAAUUAGCCAGUGUGUGUGUUUCAGUUUCAGAAGUCCCUUUGGGGUUUGUGUGUGUGUGUGUGUGUCUGUGUCACACCCUGCGUGUAUUAGUGGCUGUUUGUUUAUGUUCACACAUGCAAUGUAACGUGAAAACUUACGUCCGUGUGAAAUACGCUAAUAAAAAAAAUAAGAAUA